UACAGCUGGAGAAAUACCGUGCAAGCGAGCGUCUACCCAGGAAGUUGGCAGAGUUGGUUUUUUAGUUAUCUGUCGCAAUGAGUGCGGCUCAUCAUGUCCUCAUUGGGUUGUUUUCGGUACGUUGAAGACGAGCUGUACGCGCCGACGUGACCGUGACGUCACGGCGACGUUCGGUAGCAACCGGCCCGUAAAAGCUGCGGCGGUGGCGUGUGCGUGGGCGCGUGCGCGGGUCGGAAGAAGCUCGGCGGCGUGUACGUGCGAGUGCGUCCACGCGCGGAAGAUGCUGAACAUGUGGAAGGUUCGAGAGCUGGUGGACAAAGCUACCAACGUGGUGAUGAACUACUCCGAGAUCGAGUCCAAGGUGAGAGAGGCCACCAACGAUGACCCCUGGGGGCCAUCUGGUCAGCUGAUGGGGGAAAUAGCCAAGUCCACGUUCAUGUAUGAGCAGUUCCCCGAGGUGAUGAACAUGCUGUGGACAAGGAUGCUGAAAGACAACAAGAAGAACUGGAGGCGCGUGUACAAGGCGUUGCUGCUGCUGGCCUACCUGAUCCGGAACGGAUCCGAGCGAGUUGUGACCAGUGCGCGAGAACACAUCUACGACCUGAGAUCUCUGGAGAACUACCACUUCGUGGAUGAGAACGGCAAAGACCAAGGCAUCAACGUUCGUCAGAAGGUGAAGGAGAUGGUGGAGUUCGUCCAGGACGACGACAGACUCCGAGAGGAGCGCAAGAAAGCCAAGAAGAACAAGGACAAAUACAUCGGGGUCUCUUCGGACAGCGUGUCGGGCGGAGGAGGAAGCUCGAAGAACGCGUGUGAGCUGGAGCGCAGCAAAUGGGAGGAGGACUGGGACAAGAGCCGAGCGGCGUUCCCUUUCAGCGAGAAGCUCGGCGAAAUCGGCGAGAAGAUCGGCAGCACCAUCGACGACACCAUCAGCAAGUUCCGCAAGAAGGAGCGAGACGACUCCCCGGACAGGAUCAGCGACAACGAGGACGACAGAGCGUCCGGGAACGGCCGGCGGGAAGCCCGCGAGUUCAAAGACGAGGAGGAAACGCUCACCACCAAGAGCAUCCACAUCACCCGGGCCACCGAGACCACCACCGCCACGCGCAAACGCAGCGGCGCCCCCGCCAACAAGACUUUGGACCUCGGCGCCGCCGCCCACUACACCGGAGGCAAGAGUCCCGACGACGACGACGGCGGCGGCGAGGCGUCCGUCAGGCGGCCGUCCGGCGGGGGCCUGGCCGACCUGCUGGUCAUCCACCCGUCGGCCGAUCAGAGCUCUGCUGCAGGUGGAAGCUCGAACGACCUCAUCGGCGGCUUCGCUGACUUCUCGUCUCCAGCGGCAUCUGCCAGCCUGCCCGUCUCCACCGCUGGGGCCCCGGUCAAUGGGAGCGCAGAAUUUGGAGACUGGAGCGCCUUUGCCAACGCCGCGCCGUCGAGCUCCGCCUCUGCCUCCUCCCAGCCAAUCGCCGACCUGCUCGGCACCCCGCCGCCGUCGAACCCCGCCUCCAAACCCGCCUCCGCCGAGCUCUUUGACCUGAUGGGCGGAGUUAGCCAGCCGCUGGCCAACGUGCACGCGGAGCUGAGCGCCUCGCAGAGUUUGACCUUCUCGUCCGUCGCCUUGCCGACCGUGCCGACCUUGCCGCUGUCUCGCUCCCAGCAGAGUCUGGGGGUUUUGACGUCUCAGCCGCAGCUGAAGGUCGGGGUCGGAGGUCUGGGAUCUUUAGGCUCCACCUGGUCCGACCCGUCCGUCAACAUAAGCCUGGACUUGUGGUCGGCCGGCCUCGACCCCGCAAAGUCCCGGGCCGCCCUCGACGACAUCAUGCAGCUGCAAGGCGCGCCUCCCGUCCACGUGCUGUCCGACAACUUCGGAGGCCUCGGCCUCGGCUCGCCGCCGCUCGCCGUCGCGCCCGCCAGACCUCUGGCGACUGCGCCGCCUUCACUGACAAUGGGCGCGAACACGGGCGUGGCCGCUCCCGUCGCGAUGGGCGCGCACUCUGUGAUGAUGACUCCGGCGAAGCAAGAUGCCUUUUCUAACUUUGGAAAAUAAAUGGGUGCGCGUGGGCGUGCAUGUGUGUGCGUGUGUUGAAAUGAGGCGAGCGUGACCCACUGGAGAAGUGUCGCAUCCGAGGACAAAACGUGCAUGCGUGGUGGCACCGUGGCGGGCGGGGCAGCACGGGUGGCGUGCCCCUUUGCACUCUGUGCCGCCCAGCUUCACUUGGAACCCUCCCAUUCGGGGAGAAAGAUUCAUACGCUCCUUUUCCAUAUACGCAACCCACCACAAGUUCCAGGAUGGACCUAAAUUGCACUUUAACCUUUACAGGUUGACUUAAUUUUCACUACUUUUUGCACAACUUGACGUUCUCCAACCAAGAGCCGAACAGGAAAAUUAUAUUUUUCCCCCCCCUGAGACUUCCACAUGUGCCUUUCUGUGACUCUUCCAGUGGAUUUCCUUGUCGAAUUAGAAUUGGUUAUUUAAACCGUCUUCAUCAUGCUGUCGACAAUUUUGACAUCAUGAGACCCAAGACGACACCGAACAAACGAGAAGUGGCUGCUGAGUUUAGAGUGUCAGCAGCAGGUUGCAAGAGAGAGACCGGAAGAGUCACAAGAAGGCACACAAGGAGACGUCCUUGGGAAUGUUUUAGUCUGUUCAAAAUGGGAACAGCAUGAUGAAAAGGCCUUUAUAUACCAAUUCUAAUUGAACGAGAACAUAAUUUGGAAGAGACUGGAGGAGUCACAGAAAGGUAUAGAAGUGGGUGUCCUUGGAAAUGUUCAUGGAUCAAACACCUGUUGUGACUUUUGCUAUUCAGAACACUGAAGAGUUGAAUAUGUUAAAUGAAAGUUGAACCUAUGCAGGUUGUGACACACCGGAGGUCAUUCACCCCGAAUCGCAAUACCGCGACCUUUUUGUGAGCCGUCUAGAAACUCGUCCGGACAAUCGUGCCUCCAGCCAGCACCGAUUCCACAAAGGACUCUUGCAGACGUCUGGAAGCGUGGGCACCGUCCAAACUUGGGGAAAUAAUAUCGUGUCCUCUGCGCUUUGGAAGGGAGCAAUCUGGAUGGAUGAUCUUGUAGCGAUGGACUCACGCUUACGAGAGCCAAUCUGAACAUUUGUUCUCCUUGUAUGAAUAUGUGUGUGCGUGCUUUACUUUGUUUGACGCGCGCACCCUCAGCUAAGCAGAGCCUUUUGUGUGCUCUGAAUGACCAAAUCUUUAUUUUGUUACUCUCAGAAGGACGAUUCCAUAGAUUUUAGUUUAAUUAACAUUGUUCAUGAUUGUGUUCUUUUUUUCAGUACAGCCUGUUUCAAUUGUAUAUUUCAUGUACUUUAUUCGACAUUCAAUUAAAUUAUAACAUAUAAACAUCGA